AAGAGUCGAAUCAAUUUACGAUCGAGUUGAUAAAUCAUCUGUCCUUUCUUCCGGUCCUCCUUGGCGAAUACACAAGAUUUGUUUACUUGUGGCCAAAAAAUCAUAGUUCAUCGCGAAAAUGAUUGUAUUUCAGGACUUAAUCACAGGAGAUGAGCUUUUCACAGAUGCCUAUGACUUCAAGAUAAAAGAUGACUUUUUUUAUGAGGUUGAAGGAAAAAUUGUCACAGUCAGCAAAGGGGCAGGAGACAUCAACAUCGGAGCUAACCCAUCAGCUGAGGGCGGGGAUGACGAGGGUGUAGACGACGCGGCCAACACAGAGUCAGGCUGUAACAUCGUCCUGGGCAGUAAUUUAAAACCCACACAGUUUGACAAGAAAAGUUACCAGCUAUACAUCAAGGAUUACAUGAAAGCUAUUAAGGCCAAAAUCACAGAAAAAGAUGGCCCUGAAGCAGCUGAUGCAUUUGCCAAGAAAGCUCAAACCUGUAUAAAAGAGGUUCUAGGAAACUUCAAAAACUUUGAAUUUUUUCUUGGUGAAAGUCAGAACCCUGACGGACAUGUAGCCCUGCUGGACUACCGAGAGGACGGAAUCACCCCCUACAUGCUGUUCUUUAAGGAUGGAAUUAGAGCAGAAAAAUACUGAACAAGUCUUCAUAAAAUUAAUUCAUUAAAAAGAAUCAGAAACAUCCAAAAAAGUGACAUUCAGGACUUUCUACAAAUAUUGGGAAAAAAAUUUACAACUAUACUGGAAUUCUUCAAACUUUGGACCUGAGCAUUAUUUCUGCUUGUUUCCCAUUGUGAAAUCACUCCUAGUCUCAUGGUUAUCGGGUACAUGGCUUCGGCUUCUUAUGCCAGUAUUUAUUUGUUGACACAGUAAUACAAUUAUAUGAUGACAAGGCUACAGAUACAACUGUGAUACGUUAAAUGGGACUGUUCUUAAAUAACGCAUGUUGUUUGGCUUGUGACAAAGCUGCAAUAUAAUGUAUAUGAUUAUACAAUAAAAUUUUUAAAAAACAAAAUAA